CACCAGUUUCUCCUAUUCUGCAAUCCAACAGCAGUGUGCUCGCAUUGUUGAUCGCCUCGCAGAAAGAAGAGCUGUUUUCUUCUUCCUUCUUACUUAGUUUUGCACGGCUGUAGGUGAAGAAGCUCGUCAACUCUCCUCCUUUUCUCGCCUGGCCUGGUCUUAACUGCCCUUAAAUCUGUGUGCGUGUUAAUUCACACUUUUUGUCCAUUUCCCCUGAGUGACUUUCACUUACACAAGGCGAGGUGUCCACUCGAGACGAGACAGUAGUUUAAUUCACUCACUUUCACUCUCCGCCAUGCCAUGAAAAGUCCGGAGAAGAAGAUUGCCGUACUCGCAGUAGUGCCGGGUUGAUCCCUAGUGAAACCUCCAAUUAAUUAAGGACAAGGCAAGCAAAUUAAUUAGAAGAAGAGGAAAAAAAGUCACUAUCCAACCAACCAACCAACCAACAUUCACCGGAAAAAUGUGUUGUUCAAUCAGAGCGGCGGCCUUUUUUCUUUCAAGUCUCCAUGUGUAUUUUGCAGUCACACAAAUGGUCCGUGUUCUCCCGACGGCGAUUUCAUCACUUUCCAGCAGAACCCUGGAGGCCGUGAUGGCCCUGAUAUUCGCACUAUUUUUCUUCUCCAGUGGAUUCAUGACUUUCCGAGGUGCUGAUGAGGAAUCUCAAGUGCUCAUUGCUGGCGGUGGAGUCCUCCUCUUUCUAAUUUUGGGGGAAAGAUUUACUCUGAUGUACUUCGGCCUUAUGCUGAACUCGACCCUUCCAGAGGGCGACUUUCUCAACCCAUACGGCGAUACUAUUCCCAUCAUCUUUACAGUCCUCCUGUAUCUCUUCUACUUUGGCGUAUUGUUCGGCUACCACAAAGAACUCCAAGAAAAUGAUGAGGACCAAAUGUCAUCCCCAAUUCAUCACCACAGCAGCCGCGGACGCUCACCCCCACCCGACACCAUGGUCAUUCCUUAAUGUUGUUCAUUCAAAAAUCUGUAUUACAAAACAAUAUAUCAACUUUAACGACAAGAGUUUUCUUGUUUCCUUCAUUGCCUACUGGAUCAAACGAUAGGUUUUUAGACGACUCAAUUUUUCGUGCUAGAAAUUUUAGUAGAAAGCAAACAAUACUUAACAGAUUAUACGAUGUUUAUCAUUACGGCUCAUGUUCUCACUUACUCACUUAACUCACUUAUCUAUCUUCCAUAAAUGUUGACUUGUACAGCUACAGAAUAUUUAUGUGUGCAUGUGUCUCUGUAAAUAUCUACUGCAUUUCUCGUGUGUUUAUGUAAAUCAAAAUUUUCUCUCUGAUGACAAUGACACAAUAAAGUUUUACGAAUUUUUGAGACGGA